CAGGUCGGACAACAAUCCAAUCCAGAUUGUUCCGCCGUAUAAAACCCGUAAACAUUCCUCCGGUCUGCGUCUGAGCUGCGUUACCUCCACACCCCCCGCUGGGUUCUAACGUUAACGGAACCCCGGCGGAGAGAACCCGGAUGUAAACACACAAGGUGGAACCCGGAGCGGUGACGAGUGAGCACCGCUGCCUGCAACGUGGACAGCUGCGGAGGAGACGAGGAGCCGGAGCGUUUAGUGUGUGACACCGGGACACCAUGAGGCUGUGAGGCAGAGAAGAUGCUCUCCUCCAGGAGGAAGCCUGUCCUCUACUGCAGAGAGGACAGGAGGUUCCUGUCCGGUAAAUGUACGAUCUACAAGCUGUUCGGCCUCUGCAUGGUGCUGCUGCUCGUCUCUCUGCUGUGGCUGCAGCUCAGCUGUUCAGGUGAACUGUCCACCGCCGUGCAAGCUCCGCCUCCGCCGCCGUGCCCCCCCGCCGGCGGUCAGGCGUCUGCAGUGGACGACCCGUCCUGGGGUCCUCACAAACUGGCCCUCAUCGUCCCCUUCAGGGAACGCUUCGACGAGCUGCUGGUGUUUGUUCCCUUCAUGCACACGUUCCUCAACAAGAAGAAGAUCCGCCACAGGAUCGUCAUCAUCAACCAGAUGGAUCACUACAGGUUCAACCGAGCGUCUCUGAUCAACGUGGGCUUCCUGGAGAGCGGGAACGACACGGACUACCUGGCGAUGCACGACGUGGACCUGCUGCCCCUCAACGAGGCUCUGGACUACGGAUUCCCCGAGGACGGCCCGUUCCACGUGGCCUCGCCCGAGCUGCACCCGCUGUACCACUACAAGACCUACGUGGGAGGAAUCCUGCUGCUCACCAAGAAGCAUUACCACGCGUGUAACGGGAUGUCAAACCGGUUCUGGGGUUGGGGCCGAGAGGACGACGAGUUCUACAGAAGACUGAGGAAAGCGGAGUUACAGCUCUUCAGACCGACUGGAAUCACCACCGGAUACAAAACCUUCCUCCACAUCCACGACCCGGCCUGGAGGAAGAGAGACCAGAAGAGGGUCGCCUCUCAGAAACAGGAGCAGUUUAAGGUGGACCCUGAGGGGGGGCUGACUAACCUCCGGUACCAGGUGGAGUCCAGACAGGAGCUGACCAUCAGCGGCGCUCCGUGCACCCUCAUCAACACCAAACUGGAGUGUGACCAGAACCUGACGCCCUGGUGUCUGCUGGGUUAGAGGUCCGGUUCUGACCAGGAAGGUGCUACGCUGACCCAGUUAACAUGAGCGCUGCUCGUGUUUCUAGUUUUACCAAGAGACUUUUUUAUCCAUAAACGGAUGCUUUAAUGCCGACUGGAUGGAUGAAACCAAAACCAAGCUGUGGAAAGAAAACGGUGCAAACUGAAUUUAUUGAACAUUUAUUCAUUUAAUCCUCAACACAGGACACAAACUGGAGCUUUAUACACCGAGAUCCUCGUGUCCCAACUGUCAGCUACAUCUCAACUUUAACUGCUGUUUCUUUAAACCAGCUGAAGGUUUUUUACUGGGAUUGUGCAGAAGGAGAAGAUGGACGGCUUCAUCGGUUCACAUCUGCCAAACGUUCUUCACACUGUAACGUCAGAGGGUUUGUUUUAGCUUUUUAUCCACGGAGGAGAAAAACUGACGACUAACGUCAAAAGUAUCUGGUGAUGGUUUUAAUUUUCCUGUUGAAAUGAGGAGAGAGUUUUAUCUAACGGAGAAAACAACAAGUAUAUGUAUUUUUUAAUAUUUAACAGAACGUCGCUCUUGAGCAGAUCACAACAGAAAAAGAAAUAAGAUACUUUAUAUUUUAGUAUCUUUUUCAAAAAAUGAUGAGGAAUCUGUAUUUCUUAAUUAUGACCAAACGUCCCCAAAUGUAUUUUCUGUUCUCUACAAAGUAAACUGAGCCAAAGCAGCUGAACUGAUAACAGAACGAUCACUGAGACGGAUUGAUUUCAACUUGAGAAGGAACUGAAGUUUCCUGCUCACUAUGUAAAGCGACAGUCUGCAGGAUUAAGGGCAGAAAACCAUCAUUGUCUUCAUUAUCAAUUAAUUAACCUGAUUAUUCUCUUUAUUCAGCUGUUAAAGGUCGUCUCCAUCUGGAUUUCUCACAUCUGAAAGGGUUCGUAACGGUGUUUACAAGUGUGUUUGCAUGAAGUUCUUCUCCAUGCUCACUGUAUUUUACUGCAGUAGAUGGAGCAAAUCAAAGUACUGCUGUGGACGUAUUUUAGAAACCUAAAAGAAUCAUUAUCAGUUUAAAUGAACGCUGUAUUUAGAAUAUUUUCACCUCUUUACUUUGCUGUCAGACAGACCUUUCUGAUAUCUGCUCUCUUCAGAAACACCAGACUCCACUGACAAAACACUUUAUUUUUAAUGUAUUUUUUUAAGCUUAUUGCCAAAACUGUUGCGGAUUAAUUUACUUAUUUUGAUUGAUUGAGUUCAUCUCCUCUAAUCUCUAACUGGGUUCUUUAGUUCCUUCUCAAUUAAGAUUUUUAUCCUCAGCACCUGUCAGGUGUGAAAAUAAUGUAAUUAAAAAUGUCCCCUUUAAUCUCAUUAUUUCUAAUGUCCUGAUCAUUUCCUGCUUUUACUGAGAGAGAGGAGUUAAGAGAAGAGAGGUGGUGAUGAUGAUGAUGAUGAUGAUGAUGAUGAUGAUGAUGAUGAUGAUGAUGACUUCUGUACCUGUCCUUAAGUUUCAUUGGUCGACCCGUUGAGUGACCUCAAACGCAGCGAGAAACCAGAUGAGAUUCAGGUGUAUUUAUUUGGGAGAAAUAUUCUUUUAUGUAUUUUUAUUUUGUUGAAAACAGUUAUUUUUAAUUAUUUUAUUUUUAUAAUUGAACUGACCUCACAACCAAAGGAGAACUAUACCUUCAACUCUUCUGUUUACUCAGCUGAAUUUUGUUUUUGUCAGGAUGGAACUUUGCGUCCGUCAAGACCAUAAUAAUUAAGAUUAAUAUAAUUCAAUUCUGUCAAAUGAAAUCUGAAAUCUAGUUUCAAAGACCAAAGGUAAAGUCUAGAGAAGCAGUCUGGAGUUUGAAGUUCUAUUGUCAUAAAACUGACUUUAAAAGUUGAUUCCUGGAACGAUUGGUUUAUUCUCUGGGUUAUAUCGGCACACACAUCUCUUUUAUUGUGUUUUAAACCUGCAGAACGUUCCAUCCUGGGGAAAAGCUGGAACAUGUUUUAUAUAAUUUAUCUGUAUUUCUACCUUUUUAAAAUGCAGAAUUCUGGUCCUUGAAUUACACAAAAGACCAUGAAAGUAAUUUAAAAGAGUCCAUCUGGACCUGUGACCCUGCAGAGGUCCUGGUCCUGGUCCUGGUCCUGGUUCAGUCUGCUGUUAUUAGUUCUAUAUUUAAAGGUCUGCUGACUCUUUCUGGUUCUCUGCUGCUGUCAUGUGCCGGUCGGCCUCCAGAGGGCGCUCUGAGGGUUUUCAUGCUGAGACAAACGGUACCAUGUGUUUGUACUAUAUUAAGUAUUUAUAAAAACCUGAGUCUACACACAAAUCCAAAGGGUUGUUGUUUCUUUUUCAUAUCCUGUGUUUGAUCAUAUUUAAAGCUGCAGAGCGUUUGUCUCCCCCCUCUGGCAGUGAGAGGAAUUACACAAACACUGCAGACCUGCAGGUGAGCUGAGAGAUGAAAGAUGUGAAUUUAAAACCGUGGCUCUGCAGGUGGAUGAUUUGGGUGAACUUGAGUGUUUGU